AUGCCUGCACCAGCAAAGGUGUUCAGACGGUCUGAGCUAAAAGCUAAAAAGGACAGCAGGCAAACAUACCUUAUAAUUCACAAUAAAGUAUACGAUGUCACCAAGUUCUUGGAAGAGCACCCUGGUGGUGAGGAAGUUUUGUUAGAGCAAGCAGGAGCUGAUGCCACAGAAUCUUUUGAAGAUGUGGGCCACUCUGCAGAUGCCAGAGACCUCAUGGAAAGUUACUACGUGGGAGAUCUGCAUCCGGAUGAUCAAACAAAGAAGAAAUAUGCUACAAACACAGGGCCUGCUGGGACAGAUCCAUCAAACACUAGCAACUCUUCAUGGACAGGCUGGCUUCUUCCACUUGGGAUUGCUGUAGCUGCCAUUAUUGGCUACAGGUUUAUCUCACAGUCUUCUUCAUAA